CCCCUUCGUCAAAGAAAAAGAAAAAAAAAUCCCGUCUGCCCGAACCCCGCCGCACGCCACGUCCGCCGGCCCCGUCCUCGUCCUCCCCGACUCCCCGUCCCCAUCUAGCACGCGCCAGUUUCCUCCCGCCCGCCUCGCCGGCGUCCUCUCCGUCCGCGGGCAGCCUCCCUUGCGUCGGCGUCCUCUCCGUCAUCCCCAUCCGCAUCCAGGCGUCCUCUGUUGUCUGUUCAACACCCAAAGCAAAUCCUAUUUAAACCGCGACGGUCUCUUUUCGCCGGUAGGAGCGCCACCCCAGAUCCGACCACGCCACCCCCACACCGCGCCAGCGCCGAAUCCGUCCCUCGCCGCCGCAGCCAUGGUGUACGUGGAUUCGUGGGACGAGUUCGUGGAGCGGUCCGUGCAGCUCUUCCGCGCCGACCCCAGCGCCACCCGCUAUGUGAUGAAGUACAGGCACUGCGAGGGGAAGCUCGUGCUCAAGGUCACCGACGACCGUGAGUGCUUGAAGUUCAAGACAGAUCAAGCUCAGGAUGCAAAGAAGAUGGAGAAGCUCAACAACAUCUUUUUUGCUCUCAUGACCCGUGGGCCUGAUGCUGAUAUCAGCGAAGUUUCAGGGAAGGAACAGGCAGAACAACAGCAAUCGAAGAAAGGGCGUGGCAGGAGGCAGUGAUGCCUGCCUUGCUCCUGAUUUCCUUCGGAAAAUUCACAGCUAGGAUGGUGGAUUGACGUGUCAUUUGACUCUUGUCCCUACAAUGUUACCCUCAAGGAAUUUUGAACGAUCUUGGACAUUUUCCAGUGCAGAACCAAUAUCAUGCUGAAUCUAUCAUGAGUUCAUGAUCAAAGAAACACCCAAUCCUUGACCA